AAAAAAUAUCUUUAUGUGGUGAUGAUGAAGGCAGUAGAGCCGUCGGAUGCGAAUCACUGUAGAUCCGGCAGCAGGGGAUCAAGCCCCAACGCUCCAAUCCUCAUCUUCCAAAAAGUAUCUAUAAUUAUGUGACUAUGGAGACGCCCCGUCGCCGACCGAAAUAAAGAACUCAAAUCGCAGAGGAAAUAAUAAUAGCAUCGGAAUCGGAGUUGAGAGCUCGAAUCUUCGGCCAUGGGAAUCGUCGAGGAGGCUCAGAAUGUGAAGAUCGUCGGCUCCGGCCAGCAGACGGUGGUUCUAGGGCACGGAUUCGGCACCGAUCAAUCGGUCUGGAAACACCUGAUUCCGCAUCUGAUCGACGAUUACAGAGUGGUUCUCUACGAUAACAUGGGCGCCGGAACCACCAAUCCCGACUAUUUCGAUUCUCUUCCAGAAGAUCGUCAUGAUCUCGCCGUCGCCGCGGUACUUGAACGACGUUGACUACUAUGGGGGGUUCGAGCAAGAGGAUCUGGAGCAACUGUUCGAGGCAAUGCAGUCAAAUUACAAGGCAUGGUGUGCGGGGUUUGCACCAUUAGCCGUUGGUGGAGACAUGGAGUCGGUGGCGGUACAGGAGUUUAGCCGGACCCUGUUCAACAUGCGGCCAGAUAUAGCCCUAAGUGUGGCCCAAACAAUCUUCCAGAGUGAUAUGAGGCACAUUUUGGGCCUUGUCACUGUCCCUUGUCACAUCAUCCAGAGCAGGAAGGACAUGGCUGUUCCGGUCGUCGUCUCCGAGUACCUCCAUCGCAACCUCGCCGCCGAAUCCAUUGUUGAGGUCAUGCACUCCGACGGCCACCUCCCCCAACUCAGUUCUCCCGAUAUCGUCGUUCCGGUCCUUCUCAAGCAUAUUCGUUAUGACAUCGCAGUCUAGCCUACUCUACUUCGUUCAUUUGUAUAUAUAUUUAUAUGGAAGAAAUUUGCUCUUUACUAAUAACGAUCAAUCUUGUCUUCACUGCUAUUAAAUGUUCGACAAUUAAGAGAGAAAUG